CAGCGCGCCGCUGCCCCCACCGUCAUGCUGUGAAUGUUCCUUCCCCUGGAUGUUCGCCUCGCACCAUGCAGACGGUCCCUUGGCCCAGCCUGACGGUUCAGCGUUACCCCUCCCCCACCGCCGUGCUCCGUUUCACUCAAAGAUGGCGUCGGCUCGAGAGCCUCUGGUCUCUGGCUGCAUUUUUAGGCUUGUUGUUGUCUCAGUUUUGCGCGGUUUUGGCACCCUUCCCCCGUCGGAUCGACACGGAAUUCCGAACCGGAGCUCGGGCUUUUCGGGGGGACCUCGAGAGGAAGAAGGAGAGAGGGCUACACAGAGCUGCUAAGCACUGAGAAGUGUAGGUGGGGGGAGGAACAGAGAGGGGAGCCGAGGCCUAGCCGCUCGGCUCCAGCGGCCUUGUCUUCACCGCACUACAGGCUGGCGGAGUGUUACGUGGGAGGGAGGCUGGCGGCGGAGGGCGGACGUCACCGAGGUGGGGAUCGCUCGGAGGGACUCGACUCGUCGAAGCGGGUGGUGCUGCUUAAGUGCAAUAGACAUGAGGGUGAUCAGCCCCAUCUACUCCGUCCUGGUGUUGAGGAUCACAGACUGCUGGAGUUGAAAAAGACAGUACAAGAAAAAAAAAGGAUAAGUGACAGCGCGGGACCGUGGAGGCAUGGAAAUUUAAAGAUCGAGAAUACAUCUCAAACACCCAUACAGACUUUUGUCACUCCUUUCUUGGAGAACAUCGCCACCUUUUCCAACUCACAUUGAGAAUGUGCUUACUUCACCGGCGACGUGUAAAGUUACUUGUUUGUUGUCUACACAUCCUUAUUAUAUUAUUAUUUUUCUAGCUUGACAGUUUAUGUUGAAGAAAACUGUUCCUACAUCAAUACCAGCGUCUGCCCUGUGACUGAAGUGGGUGGGCCUGAUUUUACUGGGUGGAGAACUUGGUUUUGGGGGUUGUGCUAUGGUUAGCUGCUUACUACCGUGUUGUUCAUACUCGGCUUCAGAAGGAGUCUCUGUGCGGCCCCGAGACAAGGGAUAGUAAGCGGAGGAGAAAAUAGUACAAAAAGAAGCAAAGGGGGGUGGCGGCGCUUCGGCGCAGGCCAGGUGUCUGUCCGUGGUCUGUAGUUCAUAAUUUUCUUUUGUUUGGUGAUUGUGGGAAGGCCCCAGGGCCACCGCGCCCUGAGAGACUGCAGUUAUGGUGAAAUUGGCCAACCCCACAUACACCCAGUGGCUCCUAGAGGCCAUCAAGAAGGUCAAGAAACAGAAGCAGCGACCAUCUGAGGAGCGUAUUUGCAAUGCUGUCUCUAUGUCACAUGGCCUGGACCGCAAGACUAUUCUGGAACAGUUAGAACUCAGCGUCAAAGAUGGGACCAUCCUUAAGGUUACCAACAAAGGUCUCAACUCUUACAAGGAUCCUGACAACCCCGGGCGCUUGGCUCUUCCCAAGUCCAAAGGGAGCAGCAACUCUGGAGGCGGAGGUGGCAGCAGUGGUGGCAGCGGCAGCAGCAGUAGCGCUAGCUUCCAAAGCCAUUUGGGGAAGAGACCUGGACUUGACUGGAACAAGUUGAUCAAGCGGGCACUGGAGGGCCUCCACGAACCAGGUGGCUCCUGCUUGAAAAACAUUGAGCGCUUUCUUAAGUGUCAGGCCGAUGUGGCAGCCUAUUUGUCAGGCAGCGGCUCCAUGGGGCCUGGCAUCUUCCACCAGCAGCUACGGGUGGCCCUCAAAAGGGCGGUGGCCCAUGGACGUGUGGCAAAGCAGGGUCCACUUUUUCAGUUCAUCAGCCGCAGCAGCUCCCACCAUGACGGCACUGGGAUGGUAUCCCUGGAAUCACUGCCUCCUGUCCGCCUGCUGCCUCAUGAGAAGGACAAGCCGGUGGCAGAGCCCAUCCCUAUUUGUAGCUUCUGUUUGGGGACCAAGGAGCAGAAUCGCGAUAAGAAGCCUGAGGAGCUCAUCUCCUGUGCAGACUGCGGCAACAGUGGCCACCCGUCCUGUCUCAAGUUCUCCCCAGAACUCACGGUGAGAGUCAAGGCACUGUGGUGGCAGUGCAUCGAAUGCAAAACCUGCAGUAGCUGUCAGGAUCAAGGAAAGAAUGCGGACAAUAUGUUAUUUUGUGAUUCAUGUGACCGGGGCUUCCACAUGGAGUGCUGUGAUCCUCCCCUCAUGCGGAUGCCAAAAGGCAUGUGGAUCUGUCAAAUCUGCCAACCGAGGAAAAAGGGAAAGAAUCUUUUACAUGAGAAGGCAGCACAAAUCAAACGGCGCUAUAAUGCACCACUUGGACGGCCCAGGAACAGGCCAGGACGCCCCUUCAAGAAACUGGGUGGCCGUGCUCGGCGGAAGCGCUCGGCCUCGGCCAAUUCCUCGUCCAGCUCCUCUUGCGAAGGUUACCCUGGUGAUGACCGACUACUUUUCUCGAUGCGGGACGAUGACGACCUGACACAAAGCAGCCUUCGCUUCAACAACAAGACCAAGGGAUUAAUCGAUGCACUCACAAAAUUUUUUACACCGUCGCCUGAGGGUCGCAAGGCACGCCAGGAAGUGGUGGACUACUCGGAACAGUGUCGCAUCAGAAAGAAAGCCAAUCGCAAGGGAGAUGGAGACGACAGGGCGGACAAUCAAGAAGGCAGCGACUGGCGCGAUGAGGACGACAGACUACCUGGCCACGAAAAUCUAACAGAAAAAGACAUUGAGUUGUUCAGACACAUUCAGGAGCUUGCGUUACAGAAAGUCGGGGUUACAGGUCCACCAGAUCCUCAGAUGCGGUGUCCGUCAGUCAUUGAAUUUGGAAAGUUUGACAUCCAGACGUGGUACUCUUCUCCCUACCCGCAGGAGUACAGCAGACUACCCAAACUGUACUUGUGCGAAUUCUGCUUGCGCUACAUGAAGAGCCGUAGCAUCCUCUACCAGCACAUGAAGAAAUGCAACUGGUUCCAUCCUCCAGCUAAUGAGAUUUACAGGAAAGAUGACGUCUCUGUAUUUGAGGUCGAUGGAAAUGUGAGCACAAUCUACUGCCAGAACCUGUGCCUGCUGGCCAAACUUUUCCUCGACCACAAGACCCUCUACUAUGACGUGGAGCCCUUCCUUUUCUAUGUCCUCACACAGAAUGACAGUAAAGGUUGCCACCUUGUCGGCUAUUUUUCUAAGGAGAAACACUGCCAGCAGAAAUACAACGUAUCAUGCAUCAUGAUUCUUCCUCAGUACCAGCGAAAGGGCUAUGGGCGCUUUCUUAUUGAUUUCAGCUACUUGCUAUCUAAACGUGAGGGCCAGCCUGGAUCACCAGAGAAGCCUCUCUCAGACCUCGGCCGGCUAUCCUACAUGGCCUAUUGGCGCAGUGAGGUCCUAGAGUGCCUCCAUAGGGUCCAUGACCGGAUGAUCACAAUAAGACAGCUCAGCAAAUUGACUGGGAUUUGCCCCCAGGAUAUCACCACAACCCUGCACAGCCUCAACAUGCUUGAGCAACGAGGAGACAGGACUGUCCUGGUGCGACGAGAGAAGCUGAUAGAUAACCAUAUAGCUCGUCUCAAGACCCGACCACGACAGCUAGAAGUUGACCCAGAGUGUCUCCGCUGGACUCCUGUGAUUGUAACCAACACCGUGGUUUCGGAUGCUGAGGAUGAUGAAGAUGAAGAGGAUGAUCAAGAACAAACUGUGGAUGACCGCAAGGAGAUCAAACCAAGUCACAAGCUACCUUCAAUGUCUUGGCACAUGCGUCAAGCAAAGAAAAGGGAGGUAGAAGAAGAAGAUGAUGAUGAGGAGGAGGAGGAGGAGGAUGAUGAGGAGGAGGAGGAGGAAGAAGAAGAAGAGAGAAAAGGCUUCCUAGGGUUUCCUGUCAGCCAAAGUUCUCUAACAUCCCCUCCACUUUGCUGUCCACCUGCCCCACAGCCACAACGUCCACCUCUGGCAGCAAAUGGCGAACGCAGGCCCCGCGGUCGCCCACCCAAAAACUGGCCUUGGGGUAAAGGAGUUAAGGAUAGCCAGCGAGUUGGGCAGCCACCUAAGGUGCGGCCAAUGGAGGAAGAGGGUGAGGAUGAUGAAAGGACAGAUGAAGGAAAAAUUGGCUCCACAACCAGCCCGCUCUCCCUAUUCUCACCAGAGAGAAAAGUAGAGUCAACAAGCUUUCACACAGUAGACAUGGCUCGGCACCCCACCAUAACUCCCACCCGAAGAGGGCGUCCUCCGAGGAAAAAGAGAGGCCCCAAACCCAGACAGAUGGAGGAACCAAGUGAGGGGCUGGGACAGCUUCCUGGGGUUUCCAGGCUGAAUGAUUCUCCUCUCGUCAGGAAGAGUGGCUUCAGUGAUAGUAGCGAAGAAGAAGAAGACGACGACGAGGAGGAUGACGAUGAUGAAGAAAGCAGGGCAAGCUCUCCACCCAUACUCACAAAGCCAGUGAUGGGGCUCAAGUGCAAGAAGCCGUUGAGAAAGCGUCGUUUUCGCAAGCGUAGCCACCCACACAGCAGCGUGGUGACAGAGACUAUUUCUGAGACCACAGAGGUUUUGGACGAACCCUUUGUCGACUCUGACACAGAGAGGCCCAUGCCUAGGCUGGAGGAGGAGACAAACCUGGGUCACCCCUUGCGCCGCUACCCACCUGCUCACUCUGUACUUAGGUUGUCAGACCCUGCUCCCAAAAGGGGUCGACACUGCAACCUCUCCGAUUCAGAGGAAGAUGAUCUAACUGCUAUGCUGAACCCUAGGGCUGCAUUGCCAUCAAGUCCCUCGGCAAAUCAAGCCGCCAAUCCUGAGGUCCCAGUCAAGAAGAAGAAAGGCUGGCCUAAGGGAAAGAGCCGUAAACCACUGCACUGGAAAAAACGGGGACCUGGAAGACCACCUGGAAGUGGAGCCAACCAGCGAGCUGCUGCAGAAAGUCAAGCAAGUGGUGCUCCUAUACCUCCCAAAAUCAAGAUGAAGCCUGGCCGGAAACCUCGGAGCUGGUAUCUCCAGCGUGCCCAAGAGGAAGCAGAGAGGCAAGAGCAGGAGAGGCAAAGACUGCUGGAGCAGCAGUUGGACAAAGAUCCUCAGCCGCUUUCAACAGAUCGAAACAGCAAGCGUGUUUCAAGAGCCAUCUUAGAUAACAAAGAAAAAUAUUCUGACGAAGACGAUUACCUCCCUAUUCCCGUCGAGCAGAAUUUACCAAAAAGGAGAGGAAGGCCACCCAGGAACCCUACCCUCCGUCAACCACCCCCACCUGCUCCAAGGCCACCUCUCAACUCUGAACCAGACGACGCAGAAGAGGAUGAUGAUGAUGAUGAUGAUGAUGAGGAUGAUGAUGAGGAGGAGGAGGAGGAAGCAGAGAGAAAUUGGGAGGAGAACAAAUCUAGCCGUCCACUGUCCCGCCCCAUUUUAGCUACUUCCUCCUCCUCAUCCAACCUAGGGCCUAGGGCCCAACAUUUCCGCCCUCAGGAUGUUGAUACUGGCGAAAGAGAAGAAAUUGAUGAGGAAGACGAAAGGGAAGAAGAGGAAUUUGAGAGCCAGGGCCAUGGUAAUCUUGAUUUGUCGAGGCGAGCAGCAGCUACCCCAGGUUCAGGAAGCCGGCGUAGUGAGGACCAUGAUGCAGAUGAUGAAGGUGAUGGACACUUAGAGGAGAAAAGCAACAGCAGCAACAACAGUAAAAAACGUAAAAGUCAGGAGUCUGAUGAGGAGGAGGAUGAAGAUGAGGAGGAAGAGCCUGCUUCCCAUGCGAGCUCCCCUCCAGUGAAAGAAGAACCACAAGGCGGAGAGGCUUUUUUAGGCAUGGAGAACAGCAUGGCCCGGGACUAUGUCAGCAAGCAGGAGGAGGAAGAGGAGGAGGAGGAGGACCCUGAAGAGCAGGUGCAGGAGUCAAAGUGUCGGUCCUCCUCCGCUGAUCCACAGCAGGAGGACAGGCGGCGUAGAGAGCAGGAGGAGUCUGCUGCGGCUGCCGCGGCUGUGGAAACUGUUACGGCCAUGUCUGUUCCGUCAGAGCCCAUGGAGCUGCAGCCUUUGCAGACGGAGGACAAAAAUGUAGCACUGUUGAUUGAACCCCAACACACUCAAUCCCACUCCCAUCAGCACUCUGACUUCAAAGAGGAGCUGAGUCACCAUCACUCACAACAUCCACAUCACCACUCCAAUGAACUCGACUUGGAGACAGUCCAGGCAGUGCAGUCUCUGACACAAGGGGAAGUCCAAGAUGAAGAGACUGAGCCUCACCAUGGGGCUUACCAGGACUGUGAAGAGACACUUGCUGCCUGCCGGACACUACAGAGUUACAGCCACACGGGGGAUGCCGAGGAGGAGACCCUGGCAUUAGUGGAGGACUGUGGGGCCUCCCAACAUAGCAGCCCCUUGCCUAAUCCUGCAUUGCCCCCACUGCCCAGUCAGUCAGUGCGUUCCGUGAACAGUCCCGGGUUGUCCUCGGCCAUCAUGGACACAACAGCAGCGGGCCAAAGGGGUGGGACUCCUGGCCCCACUGGAGCAGGUGGUGGAACUGGCGGUGGGUACACACAGAUCACCCCAGAACAUCCCAGUACUCUGUCUGCACCUUCCCAGCAAAACAUGGAGACAUCUCCUAUGAUGGAUGUCCCAUCUGUGUCAGACCACUCGCAGCAGGUGGUUGACAGUGGUUUCAGUGACUUGGGUAGUAUCGAAAGCACUACAGAGAACUAUGAUAACCCCAGCAGCUAUGAUUCGACAAUGGGUGGAGGUAGCAACGGAACGGGAAAUGGGGGUAAUGGAGGUGGAAUGUCUGUGGCAGGUGCUUCUUCAGCUUCGUCAUCUGCCACCUCUUCUUCUAGCUCGGCCACUCCAUCCUCCUCGCAGUCCAAUAGCUGCUCCUUCGUGCCAACCGCUAGUCUAGCAUCUUCCACAGGGAAUGGAGGAAAUCAGCACGGAUUAGGAAGCUGUGGCCUCAUCCAGCAAACUGGACCGGGUCCCAACAGUGGACCCGGAGGUAGUAAUGUUGGCAAUUCUGUCCCCCAACCCCCACCUCCUCCUCAUCCAUCUAACACCCCUAGCUGUGGCAUUAAGUCUCCCCAGAGCUGUGGUGUCAUUGAGAGGCCUCCCAGCACGAAUCAGCAACAGCCACAGUCAUCCCAAAAGAAGGUUCCGCAGCAGCCGCCUCAGCAGCAGCAAACCCCCAACUCUCAGCCUCCACCCUCAGCCCCACCUCCUCAGCAGCAACAACAGCAGUCCCUGUCCCAAUGUAGCAUGGGAAAUGGCUUUGGCUCCACUCCCAUGAUUAUGGAGAUUCCUGAGAGUGGGGUCGGGGGAAGUGGUCGUACCUUGUAUGAACGUAUGGGUCAGGACUUUGGCACAGGGGGGUACCCCCAACCGUCUGCAACCUUCAGCCUGGCCAAACUCCAGCAGCUUACAAACACCAUCAUGGAUCCACAUGCCAUGCCGUACUCUCACUCAGCCUCUGUCACCUCUUAUGCCACCAGUGUUUCACUAUCUAAUCCUGGGCUGGCACCCUCUGCCCAUGCGCCCCUCUCCCAGGGGCAGCCCACAAUGACCCCACCCCCUAACCUUAGCUCUGGCUCCAUGAACUUGGGCUCCCUGCAGCUGCAAUGCAACAUGCCCACCACGAACAUCAGUCUGGGCCCGCCACCCCACACACAGCGACUGCAGGGCCAAAUGGCCACUGUCAAAGGCCAUAUAUCCAUUCGGUCCAAAGCCCCGCAGCAGUUGGCCCCAGCCCCGCACCAGCAGCAGCUCUAUGGACGCAGUUCGGGGGCUGUGGCCAUGCAAGGCACACCUCGCACCUUGGCUGUUCAACGAGGCAUGAUGCCAAACCUCAUGCCAACGCCGGCACCAUACAAUUCCAUGAACAUGACACCACUUAAUCCCAUGUCAGCUGGAUACCGAAUGCCCCAACCAAUGAUGAACAGUGGUUACCAUGGUAAUCCUCCUUACAUGAAUCAGACAGCUCAGUAUCCCAUGCAAAUGCAAAUGGGAAUGAUGGGAGGGCAGGGUUACCCCCAGCAGCCUAUGCAGCCAAAUCACCAUGGCAAUAUGAUGUAUACAGGCCCCUCCCAUCAUAGCUAUGCCGGUGUUCCAAAACAGUCACCCUACAUGAGCAGAUGAAGACAUAGGUCCAAGGCUGAUUCUCGCCGUUCUUUAAAUGUGCAUCAGUCGUGUUCACACUCUACAGUGCUGCGGAAGGCACCAAGAGUGCAAGUGAAUGGAAAUCGGGGGCCUCCUGUUUUUCUCUGUAAUCAUUUUGCCCAUUUCUCAUAAGAUAGGCAAGGUGUGUACGUGGACCGGGCCAGGCCCACGCAGACCAGGCAAACUGGCCCAAAUGUCUACUCUUCCUCUUUGAAGAGGGGAAAAGAGGAUGGCGCGAGGAAGUUACACAGAAAAGGACAAUACGGGAUUGAUUCUGAUCUUGCUUUGUGGGAUUGCAAAUGCAAAAGACAGUUAUCUGACUAUAUUCAACCAUGCACACAAUCUUUUGACAUAGGAAGCCUUACCUUAAAAAAAGAGACAUAGUUGGUGGAUUCUUGUUUUGUUAAACAAUGUUGAACUUUAUUUUUGUUGUUUUGUUUUGGAAUAUCUGUGUGCAGUCUGGCCUCUUAUAUGCUUCAGUCUUUAUAUUUGUGGCAUUCUGAAAUGGUGGCACACCCUCUUGGGUCCUCACAAAGACCCCAACAUCUCCAUGGCCAGCCUGGCCAGCGGGGGCCUCCUGUCUUCAAGGUGUUUCUUCAUAUUUCUUUCUUCCUGGAUGGAUGACAUCAUACCAAAAACACUGCAUAGACACAGAGGAGACAACAAUGUCUUUUUGUAAUUCAAUAGUAGCAUUAUGUUCCAGUUUUCUGCCACUUUGACAAGUUAAGAUGUAAAUAUCGUGGCAUCUCCCAUUAUCAAGCAACACAAGCAUAGACACAUACUGGCUCGCUCUUGCAUAAGAUGGCUAGCCCAGGAAUGUACAACCUUCAGCUAUUCUUGUCCACACUCCACUGACAGUCGGUGUGCAAUGUCAAUUUUUUUUUUUUUUUUUUUUUUUGUGGUUAAAGAAUUCAGAACAAACAGCGAGAUUUCCAUUGAGCUGUUUUAAGGUAAUUUGAUUAACAAUUAGCUGACUUUCCCUCAAGUGUUAAAGACCCAAAGAGGUUGAGGUAUCUGCUUAUGAAAUGUGUAUUCUGUUAAACUUGUAUUUUUUUAUAUAUGCAUUUUAUUUUCUCUCAAAUUCUGUGUUUGCUAGAGAUACUGCGGUAGACAGUUAGCCCUUAUAAAGGGUGUACGUAUACCUAAAGGCCUGGUGUAGUGCAUGGCUUGGCCCACACAUAGAGGCACACUCGUAUGAAAGCAGGGUCAGAUCUUUGUUGGUUAUGGUGUUUAAAUGGCGCGGGUGGAACGGUUCACCUUGUUGCUCCAUGUACCAGUAUUCAAAGUCAAAAGAGGCGUUUUCGUUUUCUUAAAGACCUGACAUUGCAUACUUUUUGUGUCUAUUGUUCUGUUCUGAACUUUGUUUUCUUUCUGAAUUUUAUCAGACUGGGCAGCUUUCUAUUAUGACCUAAGCUGACUCUUUUUCUAUAAUAUAAAAAGAAAUUCUGACAUUGUUAUUUGGUACUGUCAUUUUUUCUCUCUUCUGUUUCAGGACAAAAACACUGCAUAUUUUUAGCUCACCUCUUGGGUAAUAAUUAAUAUGAAAUUCUAAUAAAAAAAAUCUACUCACUUUUAGUGACUAUAAGAUGCCUUUAACCUUUCCAUUCCAUCUCACCUCUAGAGUUUUUCUAUCUUUGUGUAGUAUAUUGAUGCUAUUUUAAACAAAAGGACUACAAAUAUCUAAAGGUCACUUGGCAUUUUUUUUUUUACUUGUGUGUGUAUAGGAUGACUUCCUUACAUUAAAGAGGCAUGUAAAAAUAAGCUCCGUAUAUUUCUGUCUGUUUAUAUCGCUUCCCUUUUUGUAUCCUUUGGAAUUGUACAUGUUUCGUUGUAUGCUAAGAGAGUGCAAAAUAAAUAGAGUGUUUGGCUGAGUGCUGUGCUGUGCUCAGCGGUCUCAACUCUCUACUCUGUCCCUGUAUGUAUUUACAUUUAUCCACUCCCACCCCCUUUUCUUAGCAAGUACUUUCAAACAGCUCUGUACAUUUUAACAUAAAAUGAAAAUAAAUUAUGUUGAGCCAUU